CCUCGACGAGAUGACAGCUUCAUCAUCAACAUCAACAGUUUCAACUCUAUCAGCUAUACAUCCUCGGACAAAUCCAACUUCAUUCUCCUCUUCUACUACCUCUUGAUUCUACCACCACUCCAAUCCUCUCUAUUACUUCUUCGGAAUCUACCACCACUCCAUCAACAUGAAGUCCUUCACUGCCAUCAUUGCCUCCCUCCUCAUCGCCUCCGUCUCGGCCGCUCCUGCGCCGGUGGAGGUUGAAGCCCGCCAGGUCCAGACCACGACUGUCUCCCUCUCGAACGACCAGACCGGAGCCAACGCUGGCGUGGCCAUCCCCGUGGACGGAACCUUCAGCAACAUCUUCUCCCUCUACGGCGGCACCGCGGUCGGCGCCAGCGGCCAGGUUAUCGUCUCCAACGCGCAGUUGACCAACAACUUCCAGGGGGUGACCUGCCUGAUCUUCAACAACGGCAACCUCAUCGGCACCCUCAAUGACCGCCAGACCGCGGCCGAUCUCGAUGGCAACCCGAACGGAGUCAGUCCUUUCGAUUUGAGCGGAGGAUUUAUCGCGUGUUUUUAGGGCGUGGUGACGGGUGAUGGAAGUAGGGG